UUUUGCAUUUGCAAUGCCUAAAGUAAUAAACCCUAUUUGGGAGUAUUUUGAAAAAAAAAAUUCACAACCAUCUAAGGCAGAAUGCAAGCUCUGCAGGAAAACAGUGUCUCUGGGAAGUUUGCAACCUAAGCUUCAAACUAUUAAAGGGUUAAAACUACAUUUAUCGAAAUAUCAUUUGACAGAAAACGAACAUUUUUUAAUACAAAUAGAUGACCUGAAAAACCAAGCAGCUGAAAAGCAAAAUAAUUUAAAAUCAGCGGGCCCUGUACUUCUUGAAACAGACAAGAAGACUCAACCUACGAUGCAGCAAUUGCUGGCGAAUCCGCCAAAAGCCCAAUGGCCCCAUGACCAUGACAUAACAAAACGCAUAGAUAAGGCUAUCAUGGAUUAUAUAUUAGUUGACAUGCAGCCUUAUAACACUGUGUCAGGAAAAGGAUUUAAGCGCUUAAAUUUUGCGGACCCUGCAGGACCAAAAAAAUAUAAAUUGAAAUCUGAAAAAAUUUUUCGCACCCAACUAAUGCCGGAAACUUUUGAAAAAGUUAAAACUAAAGUAGUCAAUUUGCUAUAUGAGGCCGAGUGGAUAAGUUUUACUACAGACAUUUGGUCAAAUCCUACUAAAACUUGUUCACUUCUGAGUUUUACGGCCCAUUUUGUGCACAAUGAACAACGACCAAAAGUAAUCUUGGGUGCAUCAGUUUUAGAAAAUGACCACACGGGCGACUAUAUCUCCGAGAAACUGAAAGAAGUAGUCGAAGAUUAUAAUAUAAGCUCUAAAAUCCACCUUGCUCUUCGCGAUAAUGCUGGGAACAUGGCCCGUGCUACAAGGGUUGCGGAGUACGAUUCGUUGGGCUGUGUGUCUCAUACACUACAACUGGUGAUUCAUGACGCAAUUUUAUCGGUGCCAAACAUAAUAACAAUACUAAAAAAGUGUCGUAAAGUAGUCGGACACUUUCAUAGAAGUGAGCAGGCACGGAGGUAUUUAAAUACUUUCCAAAAAACUUUAAAUUUACCAGAACACACCCUAUUCCAAGACGUGGAAACACGUUGGAACAGCACGUACUUAAUGUUGUCACGGUUGAUUGAGCAAAAAAAUGCGAUUAAUCUAUACCGUGUCGAAAGGGGCUCAAUCAAUGAAAUUAAUAACGAAGAAUGGACGACGAUGCAAGAUGCUGUCAGUGUAUUGGAAUGUUUUUAUGAGGCCACAUUAGACAUGUCGUCAGAUGCAUCAUGUGUCUCCUUGGUGAUACCUUUAGUAGCCAUGUUAAGUGGAAAACUUGCGUCAACUAGCGGGCAAAGUCAGUUUGUAGCGUCGGCAGAUACUGCAAUGUCAGCAGAUAUAGAAAACAAUGAAAGUGAUGCUCUUCAAAAUUGUGCUGCUGCUGAGUGCUGA